CCGCCCCGCUCGGGCGCCCCCGCCGCCGCCGCCCCGCCCCGGCCCGGGAGCGGCCGCGGAGCCUCCGCCUUCGCCAGACCGAUCGCGCGGGAGGCGGGAUCCGCACGAAAUAAGUCAGAAUGAGCUAUGCAGAAAAGCCCGACGACAUCACGAAGGACGAGUGGAUGGAGAAGCUGAACAACUUGCACGUGCAGCGGGCGGACAUGAACCGGCUCAUCAUGAACUACCUGGUCACAGAGGGCUUUAAGGAAGCAGCGGAGAAAUUCCGCGUGGAAUCUGGAAUCGAGCCGAGCGUGGACCUGGAAACCCUGGACGAGCGGAUCAAGAUCCGGGAGCUGAUCCUGAAAGGGCGCAUCCAGGAGGCCAUCGCGCUGAUCAACAGCCUGCACCCCGAGCUCCUGGACACCAACCGCUACCUGUACUUCCACCUGCAGCAGCAGCACUUGAUCGAGCUGAUCCGCCAGCGCGAGACGGAGGCGGCCCUGGAGUUCGCGCAGACGCAGCUGGCGGAGCAGGGCGAGGAGAGCAGGGAGUGCCUCACGGAGAUGGAGCGCACGCUGGCCCUGCUGGCCUUCGACAGCCCCGAGGAGUCACCUUUCGGGGACCUGCUGCACACCAUGCAGAGGCAGAAGGUGUGGAGUGAAGUCAACCAGGCUGUGCUGGACUACGAGAACCGGGAGUCGACGCCCAAGCUGGCCAAGUUGCUGAAGCUGCUGCUCUGGGCCCAGAAUGAGCUGGACCAGAAGAAGGUGAAGUACCCCAAAAUGACAGACCUCAGCAAGGGCAUGAUCGAGGAGCCCAAGUAGGGCCCGGCCCCGCCGCGGGAGCCACCCCUCGGCCCGUGCUGUUCUCUGACCCAGCGUCUCUAAAGGGAAGCGCCGCCCUCGGGGCGGGAGGACGCCACCUGCAGGGCUGCGGAGAGGCGCCGGGGCUCGUCCUGCCCUGCGCCGCUUCCCCGGGACUCUCAGCCGGUGGCGCUGGGCCCUGCGUGGCCGUCUGCGGGCCUGGAGGCCGCCCGGCCCUCGGGGCUCCUGGCUCACCAGGCCUGCGUCUGCCAGUUUUCCUUCCUUUGUUUGUUUCUCUGUUUUUUCAUAGGAAGAAUAUAUAAAUUUGUAAAUCCUGAUUCUAAGGUGACUCCGCGUGAGGGUCUUGAGUUCGGCCCGGGUGUGUGUGAGGGCUGGGCUGUGGUUUCAGUUUUUUAAAUAUAUAUAUUUUGGUGCUGUGUGUGGUGAGAGGCGUUCCUAGUGGACCGGCGAGCCGUCUCUGCCAGGCAGUUCUGUUGGAAAUAAAGGUUUCUCUUUGGU